CUGGUGUUCGAUCUGUGUUUCUCUGCAACUUGGUUGGAGAGUCUUAAUGGAGCAAGAUUGGGAGAAUUUGCCAAAGCAUCUUUUAGAUUCAGUUGCGGAAAAAUUAUUGAAACCAUUAGACUAUCUUGGGUUCAGCUUGGUUUGUAAAACAUGGUAUUCUGUAGCAAAGGAUAAUGAAAGCAAACAUGCUAGGAUGACAGCUCCAAUGCCGUUGUAUUAUUCAGGAAGAAAACAGUACUGGAAAUUCUACGACGUAGUUGAUAAGAAGGUCCUUAAGUUCCAAGCAAAAGUGCCAUGGAAGGUAUUUGUUGGAUCUUCAAAAGGAUGGCUACUAUUUGUGCAUCGGAAUGUUAGGGAGAAAAAUCUUGGAGUAACUUUGGUAAAUCCUUUCUUGAGGAUUAAAGGGAGGAAAAAUAAGGAAAAUUCGAUUAUUUGCCUGCCACCACUAACUCCUCCGGGUUGGGAAAAAUGGUAUGUAAAUUGUGAGGAGUAUGUCUGCAAGGCCACAAUUUCAGCAGACCCUAUAUCAAAUACAAAUGACUGCAUUGUUACAGUCAUACAUUUGGAAAGAGGCAAUUUGGCUUUCAUUAGAUUGGGUAAGGAUACAACAUGGACUUAUGUGGAUGAAACUGUUGAUAAUGCCCUUGAUGAAGACAUUGGCUGCCAGAUGAUUGAAGAAGUUGUCAACGUUGGAAAUACAUUUUAUGCUGUGAAUUAUUAUAGAGAAGUUUUAUGUUAUGAUGUUACUACUGCUCGGACAUACUCAGAUGUAAAGAUGGUUAGGCGCGGCAAUUCUCCAGAUUGUAAUAAUAGCAAGAGAUAUAUCUUUGAAGUUGAAGAGAAUCGAUUGUUGAUGGUCGAAAGGUACAUAGGGUAUACAGAAGACGACAUACGUGUGACAAAGAAAUUCAGAGUUUUCGAAUUGAAUGUUCAAACGGGUGAAUGGACUGAGAAGAACACCUUGGGCGGGGAUGCUCUCUUUGUUGGGGAUAACACUUCAAUACGUGUGUCGGCUGCAAAAAUUUGUGGACUUCAGCCAAAUUGCAUAUACUUCAACCAUGAUAUUGAUUAUGUGGGAACUGGUAACGAUUAUGAUUUUGGUGUUUAUAACGUUGAAGAUCAAAGCUUCCCAGAAACUUACACCAAGCGUUUUAAGAACAUCCUGCAUAUGAGUUCUCCACGACCAAUUUGGGUUAAGCCGAUUUUGUCUUUUCCAUUGUAA